CCCGAGGAAUUCCGAGAGAAUAUCAAGAGUUGUCAUCGAGUAAUCGUGUUCGUGUACAAUAUUUGUUAGUGUAAUUAUUUUAGAAAAUUUUUUUAUAUUUUUCGUGAUGGCAUCAAUAAUUCAAUCAUUUAAAUCAAUCCCAACACACAUGGACUAUGAUGGUCAAGCGAGAGCUGAAAAAUUAUCAAGGAUCAUUGUCACUUUAUUUGGAGCUGUUGGUUUAAUCUGGGGCUAUGCAAUUCAAGAAUUUUCUCAAGCACUUUACAUUCUUGCUGCUGGAUGUUUAAUGGCUCUUAUAAUUACCGUACCUCCAUGGCCAAUGUAUCGAAGAAAACCUCUCGAAUGGCAAAAACCACAACAAACUGAUGCUCCGUCUAAAAAUAAGAAGAAAAAAUAAUCAUUUCAUCGAUUAUUUUGUUUUUAUUUUUAUUUCUUUUAAUAAAAAAAUUACUUAUUACUAUUAAUUUAUUUUGAAAAUUUGUUUAAAAAAUACUUGGAAAUUUAUAAUUUAUAGCAUUGAAUAAUAAAAAUAAUAAAUAUUAUAUAUUUAACGGA